AUGGCAAAAGACUGCGUUAGGGAGCUCGUUCGUUACGUAGGACAGGUGUACAAGAUUCAACAGAAACAAGUCCUCAACAAUAACAACAACAAUUUUUAUGCGGAAUUUGGACGAGUUUUCCGUGUUUUUUUUUCGCUUGAAAUAAAACCCAUUAACUGCUUAACCACUGAGGUGAGCAACUUUUAUUCGACAUGGGUUUACGGUAAACAACGGUAA